AUGGCCUACAGGAACGUAGCUCUCGUUGGUGCUAGUGGAAGUGUUGGCAAGAUUAUCCUCGAGGAAUUAGUCGCCGACGGAAGUUUCAACAUUACCGUCAUUUCUCGCAAAGAUAGUUCUGCCACUUUCCCUUCUCGUGUCACUGUGUACAAGUCAGACUUUUCUGACAGAGAUCUUGAGGCGGCUUUCAAAGGCCAAGACGCCGUCAUCUCAGCCCUUGGUAAAGACGGCCUCGACGAACAGAAGAAGCUCAUCGACGCCGCCAUCAGUGCUGGGGUUAAGCGCUUCUUACCUUCUGAGUUUUCCGCCAGUAGCCAGAAUGCUAGUGUUCUCCAGCUGCUGCCUCUCUUUGGCCAGAAAACAGAAUUAAUUGAGUACCUAAAGACUAAACAAUCAGCCGACUUUUCCUGGACAGGUAUCGCUACGUCCCUCUUAUUCGACUGGGGUCUUGCAAAUGGCUUUCUUGAGUACGAUAUUGCCACUAAAACCGCCACCAUCUGGGACGACGGCAACAAAAAGUUUACCCUCACUAAUGAAAAGGAACUUGGCGCAGCUACUGCGGCUGUGUUGAAGAAGCCUGAGGAAACCGCCAACAAGUAUCUCUUUAUCUCCUCUGUUGAGACUACUCAGAACGAGAUCCUCGCUGCGCUGGAGGAGACCACCGGCACCAAAUGGACAGUCAAUAAAACCACUACCAAAGAGCAGGUCGAUGCUGCCCUCCAAAAGUUGGGCGCCGGUGAUUUCCUUGGCUCUUUUGCGCUGGUUCGAGCAACAGUCUAUGGUGACAUACCUGGCCUCAAGUCCAACUAUGCCAAGGAUGAAGUUCUAGCCAACAAUCUCCUAGGACUAAAGCCUGCAAGUGUCGCUGAGACUGUUCAGCAUGUUAUGGCCUAG